AUGGGGAUUACAGAUUUUUAUAAGAAGCAAUCUUCGGCUGAAGAAACGAACGAUAACAGCGAAACUGUAUCGUACGACUCGAGUAAUGACCAAGAAGCAGCUGUUGUACAAUUAGAUCAAAACAAAAAGGAAAUUGGGUAUUUGUCUGCUACUUCAUUAUGUCUUAACAGAAUGUUGGGUGCCGGUGUCUUCUCUACCGGUUCUACCAUUUUCACAUUGUCAGGAUCUGUGGGUACUUCGUUAAUUAUGUGGGCUGCUGGUUCUAUUAUUGCAUUCACUGGUUUAUACGUUUACAUGGAGUUUGGAUCUGCGAUUCCUAGAAAUGGGGGUGAAAAGAACUACCUUGAGUACAUUUAUAAGAAACCAAGAUUCUUAAUAACAGCAAUGUAUGCAUCAUAUGCCUUUUUCUUGGGUUGGGCUGCCGGUAACUCUAUUGUGGUCGGUGAAUACCUUUUGAAUGCAGCAGAAGUUGAGGUAACGCAGUGGAAUUCCAGAGCAAUUGGUAUUGGUGUGAUCACAUUUGCGUUUAUAGUCAACGGGAUAAAUGUUAAAUUUGGAUUACUCUUGGGUAAUUUGUUAGGUUUAUUCAAGAUUGCUAUUGUUUUGUUGAUUACAGUUACAGGUUGGGUUGCCCUCGCCGGUGGUAUCCAUACAAAUGGUUUCCACGCCCCUGACAACUUUUCUCAUGCCUUCGAAGGUGAAUCUCCAUCAGGUUUUGGGAUUGUGAAUGCUUUAUAUAAUGUCAUCUGGUCAUAUGUUGGUUACUCAAAUAUCAACUAUGCUUUAGGUGAAGUGAAGAAUCCUGUUAAAGUGUUGCGUUUUGCUGCUCCUACUGCAUUCAUUUCAUUGGCGAUUAUUUAUAUGUUCGUUAAUAUUGCCUACUUUGCCGUUGUGCCAAAGGAAGAGAUCGCUAAUUCAGGUAGAAUUUUGGCUGCUUCUUUCUUCAGAUAUGCUUUUGGUAAGACCGCAGAAACUGCAUCAUCCGUAUUUGUUGCUUUAUCAGCUUUAGGUAACGUUAUGUCGGUUAUUUUUUCACAAGGUAGAAUUAUUCAACAAUUGGGUAGAGAGGGUAGUUUACCAUUUUCCAGAUUUUUUGCAACUCAAAAGCCAUUUAGAUCUCCAUUUGUUGGUUUAAUGCAACAUUGGAUAGUUUGUAUUGUGACAAUCGUGGCUCCUCCUCCAGGGGAUGCCUACAAUUUUAUCUUAAAUUUGAUCUCAUAUCCAUUAAAUGUGGUGAAUACUGCAGUUGCUUUCGGUUUGUUAUAUAUUUACUGGCAAAAGCGUAAAGGCUUGGUGGAAUGGGAUCCUCCAAUUAAAGCAUCAAUUCCGGUCAUUGUAUUUUUUGCAUUUUCCUCUUUAUAUUUGAUCGUUGCUCCAUAUAUUCCACCAACUCAUGGACAAACUGUUUAUCAGGAUUUACCUUAUUGGAUUCACCCAGUUGUCACAUGGGGUGUCUUCGGUGUUGGUGCUGUAUACUGGUUGUUCUGGGCCAAGCUUUUACCUAAGUUCGGUGGAUACAAGUUGGUUGCGAAAGAAGUACUUGGUGAAGAUGGAUUCUGGAGGAAUAAGUUUUAUAAAAUUUCAAAGGAUGAAACAAGUCAGCUUGAUGAAGAGAUCAUUGAUGAUUCUGAAGUAAAAGUCAUCUAA